CCCGAGUUUGGCUGCUGCAGCUGUUCCGGUGGAUUCACCACCCGCUGGUACCGUAGUGCGAAGAGGACCUUUCGAAUCAGUUACACAAUUUUCUUUUUCUGGAGUUGAGGGCACUACCAGUCCUGCUGUGAGGUUCGGCGGAGUAAUAUUGAUUGAAAUAGUUUCUCGGUGGGUGCGAUUCCUGCUGUGCUGCGUGUUGUGAACCCCUCCAGGUCAGUUAGCAGCAAACGGGCAGACAGUAUGGCGUGAGCAUAGCAGUUCUGUGUGAAACUGGAUUUGAUUGGAAAAUUGACUACAUCCCCUCCCUGUACCAAAGUGGUGUGCUGCAUUGCGUGGAAGUAACCCUAAUCGACCUGACCUGUGUCCCGCCCCACUGAUUGGCUUCGAAAUAACCGGAAGUGUGCGUUGAUACACCCUAUUCCAGUCACAGGAAUAAAAAAAAGGAUCAAAAGAAAUGGCUGUGCUGCAAUCGAUAAUCCUGGCCAGUGUCCUGCUGCUAUCGUUCGUUGUACAAAGAGGUGAUGCGAUCCGGUGCUUCACAUGUAACAGUGCGGAUGAUUCGAUGUGCUCGUACGAUAAACCGCCGAACGAUAUGAUGGUUGACUGCGACACCCACAAGGAUGGCAACAAGUACACCUUCUGCCGAAAGAUCGUCCAAUCGAUUGAAUUUUCCGUCAACAAUCUUCCUCCAGACACCAGAAUCAUCCGUGGUUGCGGCUGGGAUGAAUCCUCCUACAAGGGCAAAUGCUACCAGCGUUCCGGCUUUGGUGGCCGCCAGGAGGUCUGCGCCUGUUACGAAGAUGGCUGCAACGGUGCAUCAUCGGUGCAGGUCACCCUCGGAUUGGUGUUGGCUGCCGCACUUGCAUUCUUAGUUCGUGCUUAAUCCCAUUGAACGACCGUGACGUUUGACAUGGGCCGCCAUUUUGGAACCGCCGAUAGUAGCUUUAUUAACCUUUUUUUUUGGUUCUUUUUGUAGUGCUACGAAAUGAAAAUGCGAGAACCUUUUGCCACAUCAAGUUUUUUUUUCUUAUUUGCCAGUUCGUCUUUGAGGACAUGUUUCAUUCUAUUUGAAACGGAAGUUUGAGAACGUGCGUCGUAAGAAUUAGAAUCAAAAAACGAAUUUUAGGUAUUUUCAAAUUUCUGGAUGACAGUAUAAGCAGCAAACAACAGUGAAUUGUAAGAUGUAACGAUUCAACACGAGCCGAGUUCAGUAGUUUAGAUGCUAACUAUCAUCAAUGACGAUUGAUUAGUCAACAAGCGAUAAUGAUCAUGCGAAAAAUAGCAUCCAAUGAAGAAGCAAAUACUGUUAAAUAGUCAAUAGAUUUAUUUUUUUAUUUAUAUCGCUGUAGUAUUUGUUAGAAACUAGGUUCAAAUCACAUCUUGCUGUACAAGUACUGUAUUUUGGAAACUUUCCGUGCUAAAUAGACUGGUAUAACAUAAUAGAUGAGCUUUGUUUGUUUAAAAUUAAGAACAAAUGGUGGCAAAAUUACGUGUAUUGCGUAACACUUUUGAUUUCUGCUUAAUCGAAUGGUGAUCAGGAUAUUUAGUUUCGCUUCACCGAUAAUAAGCAAAAUGAUCAAAGGUGUUAUGUUUUCCUUAUCACAUCGACCUCUUUUCAGUAUUCUUUUUCCAAAUACAUCAGAUAUUAUUACUACUUAAAACAUUCCACUAAAUCAGACAAAACAGGCCAUGUUCAAUUAAAACCAGUUCGUCUCUUUUGGUAUCCCAGUUUUGCACGAGGCUAAUAUUUUGGCUAGCUGGAGUAGGUUCAGACAAGCGAAUGGUUCUAACUGACUGAACAUUGGUGUCGGUUCCGUCCCGAAAACAGAUCAAAGCAACCAAAUGUGUUCGGCUAUGAGGUGGCGUUCGGUCAGACGGUGUUGUAUGAUUACGGUUCGAUACGGUUGCUAGUCAAAAUUCGUUUCCAUGGAGAGUAAAACUUUUGUAAAUAUCCGUACUAUAGUAUGUGGGCGUUCUGGUUUUAAGUUUUAAAUUUAGUAGCGAUCGUAGAAUAGUUGUUAAGAAUACCGAUUAUAAAACUAUGGCUUAUAAGUUUUGAAUUAGUUUUGAACAACUUUCACAUCAACUACAACACCGAAGCAACAAUAAAGUUGAUUAUCGAAUUAAAAA